CUUUUACUCCGUAGAUGCUUCUCAAUCUCGCAACUCAACCGUCCCGCUCGCACUCACUGUUAUAUCUGUUUGCUCUCGUGCCGUGCUGCUUGUCGUGAAACCGCGCCGUGCUCCCAUGUGCUGGAUGAAGGGUCGAUCACGGAGAGCUGAAUUGAAAGGGCGAUAUGAAAUAUAAGUGGGCGCUGCUUGUUACCGCUAUCGCGUGGCAGACGGCCGUUGCACUUCCGCAAGUCCUCCUGGAGCUACGCAACAUAUUGGAUCCAGAAGCAAACAAGUAUUUCCACGAGCCGGGUCGAGACGAUAUCCUGGGCCAUUAUGAUCUCAGAUAUUUUAAGGGCGUGGUCAGCUAUGAGGAGCGCACAAACACCUUGACCCACAUGAUCGGUGCGUAUUUGCAGUUUUUCAGGGAAAAAGAGCUGGAUACUUGGAUCGCACACGGAACACUGCUUGGCUGGUGGUGGAAUGGGAAGAUCCUACCAUGGGACUGGGAUGUAGAUACGCAAGUCACCGGCGCGACACUGGCAUAUAUGGGGGAUCAUCUGAACCAAACAAUAUAUACUUAUCGCCUGGACAAGAACACGCAGCGAAAGUAUCUUCUAGACGUCAAUCCAUGGUCGAGAGAGAGAGAGCACGGAGACGGUCAAAACAUAAUCGAUGCGCGGUGGAUCGACAUUCGAAACGGUCUCUAUAUCGAUAUCACUGGUCUCAGUGAACUAGACCCAGUCGGGGAGCGUGGAGUACUCUCCUGCAAGAACUUCCAUAAAUAUAAGAUCACAGACCUCUACCCAAUGCGAGAAAGCACCUUUGAGGGUGUCCCCGUCAAGAUCCCAUACGAGUAUGAUGAGAUUUUGAUUAAGGAAUACGGACACAAGGCUCUGAUCUUGACGGAAUAUGAGAACCACAAGUGGGUCCCUGAUUUAAAGGAAUGGGUUUCUGACAAAGAAACGAUGAAGAAAAUCGAGCGCGAAAAACGUACUCGAGGCCGAGCCAGGUGGAUGCUCCAAGAAUCAUGGACACCUAUGGGUUAA